GGGGCAAACCUCGCGACGGCACACCGCCUUCCAAAGAACUCUAUAAAUUCUCCGGAAGUUUCUUCGAAAGAUUAGACUCUAGAAGAGACACCGUCGGAUGAUAGCGUCGUCCGCAAGCCAUCUCCAAACAACGCGAAAACAAUGGCGGUCUCGGGCUCCUCCUCCUCCUCCUCCCCCUCGUCGUCGUCCACCAAGCGCCUGCGACUGCUAGCGGAGGAGGCGCCGCCGCCGUCGCUGGAGGGGACGACGGACAAGCUGAUGUCCCUCCCCAAGGAGAUCCUCCACAUUAUCCUCGCGCGGGUCCCCUUCGAGAGGCUGGUCCGCUUCUGCUGCCUCUCCCGCGCGUGGCGCCGCAGAUGGGAGUCCGUCCCCAAACUCCGCGUCGAGCUGCCCCCGCGGCGCUCCUCCGCCCGCGUCCUUUGGCGGUGCGCGGCGCCCGUCCGCAGCUUCGGCUCCCGCUUUGGCCACCUCCUCGGCACCACUACCUCCCGCUGGCUCCGCGCCCUGGCUCGCAAGCGCGUCGAGGAACUCACCCUCCAGUUCGAGGAAACCACCUGGUUCCUCCCCAAGCCAGCCGUCGUCCUCGGCCCCGCCUUCUUCUCCUGCGACGCGCUCGUCCACCUCCACCUCCAGAACUGCCGCAUGCCGCCCGCGCAACCGGGAUUCACGGGCUUCCCCAAACUCGCCUCGCUAACCCUCUCUGAUGUCGCUCUCCUGUUCAAGGGCGGCACCGUGCAGCUCCGGCACCUGAUCGCUGCAGCGCCAGACCUCGCUGUGCUUAAAUUGAAGGACGUAAUCGCCAGACCCUCGGCCGAGCACGACGCCAUUGAAGAGUGGGUUAUUCAGGCGCCCAAACUCAGAAAUCUCUCGAUCGACAUCUUUUCUCUCUACCGAGACAACGGCUGCCGGAUUGCGCAGGAACUCCCGUUGCUGGAGGAGGCGUCCAUCUCAAUGGAUUGCCUCCUCGGGACACAGUACUUCCUCGAUAUUUUCCGACAAAUUGCUGCCGUCAAUACACUUUGGUUCGACGCACAGGCAACCAUGUGUACUGUAAAUCCAUUGGAGGGGAUUACAUGGAGGUUUGAGAAUCUGAGGAAGGCAUCCCUGACCGUUACCUUUUGCAGACUCUCAAGCUUUAUGGUGAUAAUUUCUUUACUGAGAUGUGCUCCUCACAUUGAAGACCUUACUAUUAAGACACGUGAUACUAAAUAUUCCCCAUUUGAAGUUGAAAUUGAUGAAGAUUUUCUAAAUUCGGAGAUACAGGAUGACUUGUUUUCAGGCCUCAAAUGUGUGUCUCUGAGUGGUGUCAAGUACUUGUCAAAUCAUAUGUGCUUUAUGAAGUUUAUACUGUCCAAAGCAGGAUCGCUUCAAUCAUUUUUUGUCACUUUCGAUUACCCUGAAAGAAACAUCUGGUAUAACAAAGCAUGCAAAGAGUUAGCAGAAUGCCAAAUAGCAUCGCCCCAAGCUAUAAUCAGUUGGAUGUUGUCAUACGCUGCUGAUUCAACAACAGAUGUGUCAGCAACGGAUGAUGACCCUUAAGUAAUAUGUCAAACCUCUUGUCUUUUCCAUGCCUACCUUUCGGAGUAUUAUGGAAGAAUUUCUUUUUCUGUUGUACAAACAGCUGCUAUUGCUCCUUCUCGCAGCAGAAUUCCUCUAAUUCAAUCUAUUAGUGAAUGAUUUUAAAGUUGAUUGAGAUGAACAGUUCCAUCAGAGUAUGAUUGGACUUGUUCUGGAACACUACAGAUUUGGUAUAAGCUGGUAUAGCGGAUGAUAUUUUCGAAUGACUGGCUGAUCUAGUAUGAUACUCAUCAGAGGGAGUUGUGAAUGUACCUAACUAGAAAUGUAUCUCUCUUUUUCUCUUGAUCAUGCAAACCUAGCUCUAGCCUCUUGAUGGAUAUGUUGUCGAUGUAUUUUAGUGGUCUUAGAGACCCUUUAAUGGUUCAGCCGUUGAGGUAUGCUUUUACACCAUGCUGUAUUACCAGCUUUGUCUGCUUAGAUUAGUUUUGCAACAAACAGUUAGUUUUUUGUUUUAUGGAACUGGUCUGGGACAUUAGGCUUUCCCUCUUCCAAAAAAAAAGCUGGAGAUUGUGGAGAUGAUAUGCCGUGCUUUUCCAAAGUUAUAUUACAUAAAGACAUGCAUUCUGAUACAAAUAUUGUUAGCAAUGCUAACAAUACUAGCUUCUAAAAAAGAAGCUGCAAGAACC